UUGAUCGAAUCUCAACAGAAAAAGGGAAAAUAUAGUGUUGUUUUUAACCGUGAUGCAGUGGUUCGUGAGACGAUAGAUUCAAUCCACUUGUUUCUUGAAGACAAGUAUCCGAAGACAUGGUGGAGAAAUAUUCAAAGAUAGAGAUUAUAAUUGAUUCAUACUCUAUUUAGUUCUCUACUACCUGUAAGAGAUAUUGAUGGUAUCACUGAUUAUAGACGCUUAGAUCCAUGGUCAAUUUUCCUGAAGAGUGUUUGGUUGGAGCAUAUUUGGAUGGAUUACGAAAUGAUACUCAGGUCAAUGUGAGAAUGUUUCAACCUCAAACCAUCAAGCAGUGUUUCUCUGUGGGAAGAUUGUAUGAAAUGGCUCAUCCUGUAGAGCCUAUUGCUACUGUGGAAAAGAAGACAACUCUAGAGAUGGCUGCAGUGGUUCAAGAAAAUGAUUCAAGUGAAGAAAUGGAUUUCGUUUUGGUCAGUGAUGGUGCUCUGUCGUGGACACAAGAUCAGGCAACGAUUAGGCAACAAGAUUCAAGUGACCUACACCAUUCUACUUCACAAGAGGAAUCAAUUCAGGUAUAAAACUCUACUUUGUGUGGUUUAAAACGGAGAGAUCGCAAUCAUGUGAGGAUUUUUUGGUGGAUGAUAUAUGCUGUGAUAUGAGAAGUGUAUUUUUAAUUUUUACACCUUUUGAACAAGUAUAUGUUCUAGAUGUUGAUUUGGUGAAAGAAUCGAUUCAGAAAUCACAUGAUCCUGAUGUUGAGCUUGUUGCAAACCACUUGUUUGAUCAAGUUCUAUCACAGAUUGAUAAUAGCGGAAGGAAGCGAAGUAUGUGAAAAACUGGAAAUUUAAGUAUAAACAGAAGCGUUUAAGCAAUUAUGACUAAUGAAGCAAUCAUUGUUGUCCAAACUGAAGAACAUAGAUAUCUCCUGAGGAAAAUACAAGUUUUCUAUGUUAUGAUUCAGUUCUCUAUGAAGAAAGAAUAAGUACAAAUUUCAGAAACAAUAAUAUGGUUAAGAUUUAACGAGUUGUGGCUGUCAUAGUGUGGAGAAGCAUUGGUACUUGUGUAAUACAAUAGAGACACGUUGGUCAUCAAAUGUAGAGCAUUGUUCAUGUGAUGUCAGUUUUCUCUUCCUGUUGUUUUCAAGGCAAUCAUGUCUCAGUCUUCUCUGAAGAUUUCCCAGCAAGACUAUGAGUGGGUGUAUAGGAAGCGACACAUUGCUCAUUGUUUUGAGGAGGUUCAUGUCUCCGUGAAUGAAGCCGACUUAGCACAUAAGCAAGAUCUAUCAUCAUAUGUUUCUGAUUUGGUUGAAGAGCAGAAAUGAGAAGAGUGGCUAUGCAACCAAAUUGUAUAUUUCGCAGCUAUGUGUGUUUGGGGAAUUGAUUAGGUACAAAUGAAAGUUCAGACAAAGUACAAAAACCAGUCCUAUUCUAUAUGGCACCGUUGGAGAUAUAAGCUCAUCAUUGCCUUUGGUGCUGCUACUGUUGAUAAAACCUUAAGAGAUGCAGAACGGUUGGUUACGAACUGCUAAUGAGGAAAAAAAAAUGCACAAGGUUCUCAUUUGAUAUAAGAAAAAGGAUUAUGGCAAUAAGGCCUCGUCGACAAAGCCAUGUCAUCAAAAAGAUGAAUUCAAGUGCGUGUCUACAAGUAACAGUCGUGGAGAUUAGAUUCAUUAAUCAGAAAAUUGUCAAGUUUAUUUCUUCUUCUCUUUUCUUCUCGGUUUCUUUGUGACUUUCUGGGAAAAUCUCCCAUGGUUCCUCAUUGUUGCUUGGAUUGAUUCAUAUUGAUCUUAGUGAGAAAUGAUUUUUUUUUAUGAACAUUUAAUCUAAUUAUAUCAUAACUAUGAAAAUAUAAGCUAUGAAAAAAUAAGGCUUAUAUGUAUGAACCUCUUUGAACGGCUUUAUCUUCUUGUUUCAAAAUAUACAAAAGAUGAUUUCUGCAACGACUGAUUGUAUUAAAAUCAACAUUAAAAGAAAGAGACAAUUUCUUACAACAUAACAUAAGAUUCAUCUUAGUUUAGAGAUAGCAUAUGACUUUCGUGUGAUGUAACCAUGACCAGCAUCUAUGUCAAGGAAAAAAGAGCAAGGUAGGAACAUUUAAACAACUGACAUAGCUUGGCUCAGUGGGCUGUUUAUGAGUCUUAUCAGUAUGAUCCAUGAAGUUUUGGACCGUGAGAAGACUUGAGCUUACAUGCUAGACUAGUUGUGCUGUUAUAUGAGGACUUUUGGGUUUAUAUUUAGGUCAAGACAAAGGGAUGAGAAGAAAAAUGAAGAAACCGGUCCAAAUGAAACAGAAACUGUCUCAACCCAUCAUCCAACCAUUAAAUUCGACUAGCCUUUUUAUUAGUGCUUAACAAGCCCAUUUUCACCAAGAAGUAUCAACAAAAUGAGUCAAAGUCGUGCAUGGGAAAUAGGCAUUCAAACUCCAGUCAAAAGUCUCAGUCCACAUUUCGGUUUUCCACAAAAAAUCAAGUCUUUAUUUUCUAUUUUCUAAGUCUUGUUUUUAGAAUUUUCAUUUUUUGAUUUCUACGUAAUGUAAUCCUAUAAAAAAUCCUAAGUAGCAAUGAUUAAAAUCAUUCACCUUUUUAUUAAAAAAAUCUCUUUUAAAUUUGUGAAUCAUUUGUUCUUAUUUGAACACCGUAUUCACUGCUAGGAGGGAAAUCUUUGAAGUCAAACUCGUCUUUGAUCAAGUCUGAAUGGUGACCUACACGAUCUUUAACACUUCUAAGCAACUGAUCGAUCAGUUCAUAGAUCAUCACCCAAGUUCAUUAUCCAUUUCGACAUCUAUCCACAAAUCCAUUUCAUUACCAAAAUCGAUCCAGUCCGAUCCCUUUCAAAAUUUAUCCAACCGAAAACAGAGUGGCCUUUCCUAGGGUUUUAUCAAUUUAUGUUUGGGGUUUUUAUUUCAUCAUCUCUUUUCAUUUUGAUUUAUGUUUUUUAGGAUUAAUUCAGAUUCUCUGUUCUUCUAGGUUUCAGUUUCAAUUUCUUUAUUUUUGAUUAAUUACUCUAGAAACGAGCAAUAAGAAUAAUUCUAGUCAAGGAUACAAAAUGAUUACCCUAGCAGUUCUAUAAAUUAUAAGUUUAUCAAAACCAUAGAAAAUCCUUAAACCUAACAAGUAGACUACUCAUACAUAAUCAUGUAACAUAGCGAUAAACUGAAUGAAUUGCAUAAAAAUAUAAGAGUAUACUGGAGUUCUAGUCAUUCUCUGAGUAAAAUAAUGUUAGCCUAAACUGUGGCUAGAAAAAUAGAUUAUAUAGCUUAAAUCACGUCCAAAGGUCUUCUUUCAAAUUGAAAAAUUUAUGGGCCAAAAGUGUAAUUCUGGAAACUUAAGUCAGCUAUGUCAAACAACAUUGGUGUUGCCCGACACCUCCUUGGUGUCGAUCAAAACUCUCCAAAUAUCGACUCUAACUUAUGUAUUUUGUUUUUGCACAGCUAACGAGUUUUCUUCUCUUUAAUCUCCAAAUGGCUCAUGAUCUCCAUAUUUCUCCAAAAUGUACCUAGGCCUGAAUAGACUUCAAAACAGAUUCGAAACAUAAUAUAAAGAUUCUUUAAAAGAUUUAUAUCAUGAUCAAAAAUAGUAAAAACAUGGUAUAUAAUAAUUCAUAAGAGCAUCUCAUCAAAAAGGAGUAAGUUUCACCGCAUAUUGUUUGAAAAUGUUGAAUAUGGUGUUGAAACCAUUAUAAUGUCAUGCUUUCUCAUUUAAUCUUGAGAAACUUUAGAGAUACAAGGUCUUCAACACUUUUGAAAUUUCACAUAUUAAUCACGCAAAAAACACAUAUAGACAAAUUAGCACGGAGUGUUUCGUUUCAGCCAUUAUAUCUUGUCUAUGUUGAUUAUGAAGUUAUCUAAAUUAUUUUAGGUUUAUACCCUUUUUUUUAAAACGGGCCCGUGUUGACAGAUUAAACGGAGAAAAAGCGUUCGGCGGCAAGAAGCCGUGGCGAUUGGCUAUCCUCGGUGAAGAAAAUCGGAUCUUCAAAAAAAUCUCAAAACAUUUGCUUCUUUUAACAUAAAAAUCAACUAUACUACAAUAGAUCUGUGACUUUCAUCACAAACAGCGAGAGAAAUGGAGAAAAUUAUGGAAAGAACAAAGAAAAAGUGAUUUUAAUUUUUUUCUUUUAAUGAAAGUAAAAAUUGACAUUAAAAGAACAAAAAUUAAAAAAGAAAUUUUUUUUUCUGUUUGUGCAGCUGCCUCUAUAAAAUUUAGAAACAAAAAAAAAAGAUCUAAUGAAGAAGAAGAAGAAAGAUUAUUGACAAUUUCAACCUUCUUUAAAAGAAAAAAAUUAAAAUCACUAAAACACAUACUCUAUAGUUCGACCCCGCGUCCAUAGCAGGCAAUAAAGCGGCUUAGCACUGAACUAACUCAUCAUUUUAAUAAUUCUAGAUGAAACAUAAUAUAUAUAACUAAUAUUUUCAAAAAUAACCCUAAAAUAAAUCUCCGAUUACUCCCUGAUUUUUUCCGAGUUUCUAUUAACUCGCUAGGCCCGGAUCGAUCAAGCAUACGCAUAGCGCCUAGCAAAGUUUUGAACAAGGGUUUAUACUAUUGGCAAAAUAACGUUAAAAAUGCUAAAUCCAUAGAUUGAAUACAUGAUAUAAGAUUGGAAUUCACCAAAUCUUAUUGGUCAUGUUAAAGUUGACUAGCUUAAAGGUGGACUGAGGAUCGCCACAAAAGACUGUGGAACUAUAUUUUGAUAAGAUCAUGAAUCAAGUCUUUGCUAAUUCACAUAUUAUACUAGAUCCACACUUGUAUUCUAAAAUAGAUAAUUUUUUGAGUUCACUUUCUAAAAUAAAUAGAUAAAAACUAGAAAUACCAAGAAAUGAACCCAAAAAAGAAACUAAAGAAAUCCACCUAAAGACUCAUUUGAUCAAGACAUAAAAGUAAAAAAAAAUUAAUAGAAAAGCUAUAUGUUUUUACUAUAAAUUUAUUUGUAUACAAUGAGGACAAUUGAUCUAUUUUAUAACUCUUAUAAAUGUAUAUUUAUAACAAAUUUAUAUCAAAAUAAAUUAUGUAAAGCUUAAUUUUGUAUUAAAUCAAAUAAUAUUUUCUUACUAUCAAUUUUGAAUUUAGUAUUUAACAUUCAUUGAGAAUUAUUUAAUUUUUUCAAAUGAUAAGGAUGAGAUUCUGGUAAUAAAUCAUGUAUUGAAGACAAAUGGAUAACUGGUUCUGAUAUUACAUCAAUACACCUUCUUAGAAAAUAAUAUAGCAACAAAAUAAAUAAAUAAAUUUAGUAUUUUUAAUAUUGUGGCAGAUAUCUUUGUGUUUAAGAAAAUUAUAUUCUUAAAUUGAUUAGCAUUUAAUUGUUUUAUAUUGUUUUCCUUCUAUAUAUGAUAGAAAACAGAAACAAGAGCUAAAUAAUAUAUGUGUGCUUAUUGCAAAAUCUUGAACUGGCAAAUAAAAAAUUUACAGAUGAAACAUUUUAAUUGGUCCUUUUGUUACGUAUCCACUUUUAAUAUGUAGACAGACUUUAUAUAUAUUUUAUAGGUUAGAUGUAUCUUUAUAGACUCAAAUUAGUAUACAAGGUGAGAAAGAAUGGGGUCACCAGAGAAAAAGACGCUUUCAAUUUUAACUGAAGAACCAAAAAGAGCGAGAUUUUCAUCAUCAGGCAUGUCUUUUAAAGGGGUGUUUGCCGCAGUCUCCUACAUGGCAUCCGCUGUUCUUCUAGUAAUUUUCAAUAAAGCAGCACUUUCUUCAUUUAGUUUUCCAAGUGCAAAUGUCAUAACUUUGCUUCAGAUGCUUUCUUCUUGUUUUAUUUUGUAUGUAAUGAAAUAUUUUAAGAUCAUAUCCUUCUGUACUGAUAAGUCUAAGAGCGAGCACGACAGUUUGUUAACUUUUGUUUCUCCGAGACGCUUGGUUCAGACUAUCCCUCUUGCAUUCACGUAUCUACUUUAUAUGCUAGUUACGAUGGAAUCUGUACGCAAUAUCAAUGUACCAAUGUACACUACUCUUCGACGCACAACUAUACUUUUUACAAUGAUCAUGGAAUAUUUUCUUUCUGGUCAAAAGCAUUCAGCUUCAGUCAUCUCCAGUGUAGGAAUAAUUCUGUUAGGUGCUAUUAUCGCUGGAAUCCGGGACUUAUCAUUUGAUGCUUAUGGGUAUGGAUUGGUGUUCACAGCGAAUAUAUGUACCGCGACUUAUCUAGCGUUGAUUGCACGUACCGGAAAAUCUAGUGGCCUUAACACCUUUGGGCUAAUGUGGUGUAAUGGAAUAAUUUGCAUUCCCUUUUUGUUGUUCUGGACAACUAUAAAGGGUGAACUUAAAGCCAUGUUAUCCUUUCCUCAUCUCUAUUCCCUUAACUUUCAGGUGGUGAUAUGUUUUUCAUGUUUGUUGGCUUUCUUGAUAAAUUACUUUGUGUUCCUCAAUACAACAGUUAAUUCAGCACUAACACAUUCAAUAUGUGGUAAUAUGAAGGAUCUGUUUACAAUCUUACUAGGUUGGCUUAUAUUUGUUGGACUUCCCUUUGAUUGGAUUAAUGUGGUGGGUCAAUCUCUCGGUUUUGCUGGAUCUAUGCUUUAUGCAUUUUUAAAAUAUAAAGGCAUGUAAAGUUACAAGUUUUUAAAACCAAAUAGAAUGUUAAAUCAGAAGCUAUUAUGUCAAUUUAGAAAACCUAAGACUGUGUUUGAUUUGAUAAUUUUACUAAAACUUUUUUCAUAUAUAUGAGUAUUAAUUUGUUAAUGAAAUUUAAAAAAACCAUGUUUUUAUUAAACAACUAUGUGGAAUUUGACGAACUCAAUCACAUCAUGGUGGUCUAAUGGUCCCCACUAAAGGAAGAGUUGCUAUGUUAGUUCAUGCCAUGUAUCGACUCUCUUCUAGUGCGAAAUUAUUAAUCUUCCAUGUGGACAUUAGUGGAUUAACAUGAGAGAAUCACCAGUUUUCCAGAAUCGCAUUUCUACGGAAAUGUCAUUUACGGCUAGUAAGGUCCUAUAUAGUGUCUGCAUACUCUAGUCAUCAAAACAAAAAUUGACGAACUCAUGUUUGAGGCCAUCAAUCAAUGUUUCAGGGGUGACGAACAUAUACGUGUGUAGAUAUUAGAUGUAACAUCCCAUUUGCAAACUCUAAAAUGAGUAUUCUCCUUGAUCGAAUUUUGUUUUGUUUUAUAUUAAUUUCAAAAUUUAUCUUCGUUUGUUCAUAACAUAUCCACCGCUACCACACACACAAACAACUCUUUUCAAACAUUUUAUUGGAUCGGCGAACUAUUUUUCUUAUGAGAUUCACCACCGAAAAUUGUUUAAAAUAUAAAAAAUUAUCUAUCAUUAUUUAAAAAUACCCUUAAUCAAAAUACCUUAACAUUUUAGAUUUAGUUUUUAAUUAUUUUUCAAGGUUUAAUAUUUAGAAGGUAGAGUUGGGUUUAAAUACUUCAAAAAAUGUUUUAUAAAUUUUUUAAGCAUUUAAAAAUGAUUUAGAAGAAUUAAUUUAAUAUUUGUAAUCACAAAUUUAAAUUAUUUUUUAAAAUAGUUAUCCUUUAAAAAAUAAAUUUGAAAAUAAUAUCAAAUUUAUGAUAAAAUUGAAAUACAAACAAAAAUCAUCAAACAAUUGAAAUUAGAAUUCUGCUCAAAGGCAUCCAUCGAAACGCACAGGCAGCCCAACCACUAUACUCUUUACUCAUUUCGUAAGGAACGAACAUUUAACUAAUAUUCAAAUGAAGUAACAAACUUUUUUUUUUUUGGUAACAAACUUUGUUUCUAAGGAAAUCUUUUCUUUUCUUUAACACACUUGUAAUCCAAUUUACAUAACUAUCUAUAUGAAAUUCCUUUAUUAAUAUCUUGAUGUAAGGUUUCACACGCAAGUCAGAUAAGUUCGAAGGAUAUAGAUAGUUUGAUAUCUUUGUAUUUAAAUGGUACAAUUAAGGGAAAUUAUUUCAAAUAGUCUUUUUUUAAGUUUUUAUCACCAAAAGAGAUUCCAACGAUUUUUUAUGAUUUAAUUGAAAUGUUUUUUUUUGUUAGCAAUCUUUAUUAUUAUUUGUAUAACAUUUUCAACUAAUAUGAAAAAUGUUUAAUUUUAAAUUUUUGGUUAUUUUGUAAAAUUUAAGAUAAAUAUGAGAAAGUUUGGCUAAAUUUUGAUGAAAUUCGGGUAGUUUGGAUAUUUUGUAUCGUAAAUAUCCGAACCCGACUCAGACCCGCUAUGGACCCUAACAUUACAUGUAUUUUACAUGUAUUUUAACUAUUGAUCCGAACCAGCCUGAACGUGAACCAAAAAUAUCCAAGUACCUAGUUGGGUCCAAAUCUCUAGGACCAGAAAGACCCGGACCCGAAAAGAACUGACCCGAACCAGAUCCGAAAACCCUAGUACCCAUGCCUAGAGAAAAAAAUGACCAAAAGAGGUUUUAUUAAAUAGACAAAGGACAAUCCUACUCCUUGCAUUAUAGAUAUAUAAAUAUACGUAAAUAAAAAAAUAAAAACUAUUUUUUUAAUAGUUUCGGAUUAUAUGUUUUCAAAUUCAAACUUUUUAUAAAUUUUUUCCGAAUUUGUUAAGUUCAAAUUUUCUUUUUGAAUUUUGAAAUGCUUUUUGAAACUAUUUUAAAAUUUUUAUUUUAAUACUUUUAAUAUAUAUUUAUUUAUUUUAAAAAAUUUUAAACCUCACCACAAAACUCCAAUCCUUAACUCUAACCCUAAGUCUAUAUUAGUUAGUUCUAGACGUAUUAGUGUACAUAUUUCCAUUAAUGAAACUUUUCUUUUCUUGAGGCUCUUUUGGUAAAAAGAAACUAAAAUGGGCAUCCUAAAAAAUUUCUCUACAAUUAAUAACCACACCAAACUAAAAACUCAAAGUUAUGGUUUAUGUAGACGCUGCUUUAGCUAACCCUAACUCUGGUCGUCGUGGAGCGCUGGAGACAACACCUCUUCCCUCUUUUUGUUUUCUCAUUUGUUAUCACCCUCUGGAUCUCGACUCGGUCGAUUUGCUUCGCCUUUCUUUAUUGUAGUGAACCUCUUGAAGAUCGUUGGUGAUGUUCAACGGAGACAGCUUCCAGCGUCCUAUGGAGAGACGGCGAGACCAUAGAAGGGACAGCAGUGGCGAGAGUCAUACUUUAAGGCCAGUCUUGUUAGAUCCAGUCUUUAGCCGGACUCCGUUAACAGCCAGUAGAAGAAAAUGAAGAAGGAGAUGGCAAAGACGGCGAUGAGGACGAAGACGACGACAGCGGCGAUGAGACAGAGCCGCCAAUGGCGAGGAUGAAGAUGGUGAAGAUGAGCUCAUUGAAAUACACACUUCCAUGGCACAACAUAAUUAAAUCUGCAAGAAUUGCAGCAGAAAAGCAAGGUAAUCAAUACAUUUUGUUUUUACUCGUCUCCCAUUGCGAGUUAAAGGGCGUAAUCUCUCUUUCCUGUAGUGUAACAUUGAUACAAACUUGUUUAAUGAGUUGAUUUCACUAUGGGACACAUUUUUCUCUUUUUUGACACUUUAAGACACAAUGUGCUGGAGGCACACUUUCACGGUGUACGAGACAUCUUUUGGACUCAUAUGCCCUUUGUUCAACGAUAGAAAAGAGUGAUAUAAUUGUUUUAGCUAAGCAUCUGAAAAGUCAAUUUGUUAUCUAGUUAGAAAAAAUAACUUGCAGAUGUACUCAAGUACGUGUAUAUAAGAAAGUGUCCACCAUUUAUUUUUUAUUUUAUGCUAUCGUUGUUUCUUUUA